UUCUCUCUUUACGGGUCACCUUUAAUACAAGUAACGAUCUUGAGUUCUUGACUAAUAAUGGCCGAAUAAGCUUCUACUAUUUUCCUCAGUAUAGUAGUAUUAGUAUAUCCUGCCUUUGUCGCUUCAUUUAACAGUUCCUCCUGCUGAACUCUUGAACAAGUACCAUAGCGCAUAGGGUUUAGCUUCUGUAUUUUCUAAGUAGUGGGUGAAGAACAUUUGCACUAAAAAAAUCGAAGAUCAAAUCUCAAUUUCGAUUAGAUGAAGUGGGCUAGUUUCUUCGUGCCCAUUAAAUACCAAUAUGCUCGAACCAAGUUGGUUUACUCUGCUAGUCUUUGUCUUCAGAAACGCCAUGCUGGUGAAAUAUCACGAGGCGAUGUUCUGCUUACCUGCUGGAAAACCUUUUCCAAGGGAAAAAUGACUUAUUUGUACAGGAGUGAGGGUCAAGAGAUGGCACCAACUAUUCCUGGGAAACAUGAGACUCUUCUUAUACGUCACUUGCCUUCUCCAGAUGCUGAGUUCAGACUACAAAUUAACCAAGUUUCUGUUGGCGAUGUGGUCCUCUUGAAGAACCCGUUGGAUUCAGAUAAGUUUUUAGUGAGGAGGUUGGCUGCUUUAGGAGGAUAUGAAAUGGCAUCCACUGAUGAGAAAGAUAAGCCUUUUGUCCUUGAUGAUUAUCACUGUUGGGUUCUUUCGGACAACAAAAAGUUGAAGAUAGAGGAAGCGUACGAUAGCCGUACAUUUGGUCCCGUCUCCAUCAUGGAUAUAAUGGGUAGAGUUAUUUAUAGGUUCCAAUCGAUGAAAGAUCAUGGACUUGUAGAAAACAGUAACGUGGAUUUGGAGGAGGACUCGGCAGUACUUAACUAUGAACUUGAGCUCAAUGAGAUGCAAAAGAUUUCUGAAGCAUAAAUGUCGUGAAGAAAUCGAUUGUACUUGUUCGUGCUUUGGAACCUCGAGAUAUCUACUGAUUGUGGUUCUGUACAUGCCGCUAUCUGAUUUCGAGCUAGUCUUGCAUAGACCUAUAUUAAUGUCGACCAAAAGCCAUCCAUGUGACGUAGCGAUCCUUUUUUUGAUGUGUGUUACACUAAUGACUAAUCUACCAUUAUUUAACAUAGUAACAAAUUUUUUCAUAUAAUCGCCCUUUUUUAGGUUAGAUUAUUAUAAUGAAAGUUAGACUUUAUAACAUGGUAACUUUUUUUUUCCUUACA